AAACAAGUUUCAGUUUUUAGUUUUAGUUCUGAUUUUUAUUUCUGAUUUUCCUUUUUCGACGGUGGUACCGCCCUCUCAUCUUUUUAUUGGCACAAUACAGGUAAGAGUAUAAAUGGGAACCAGAGUGGACCUGGGGCUCGGGAGAGGAUUGAAGAUAGAGAAAAGGAUAACAAUGGCAGUUCGUUCAUUUCCUUCAACUUUCUCUUCUCUGAACGACAGAUUAUGCCCUAAUUUUUAUAGCUUCAGAAACCACUCCUCGCUUCCGAUUGCACGGCGGAGCGGCCGUCGCGGCCUCUGGCUCGUCACAGCUUCUCUGCUUUGCUCGCAAAAGUCUACGACAUUGGAUAAAUCCACAUUGAAAGUCGCGGAGACCAUCGCUGAGGACGAGCUCUGGGCCGCUGCUUGUCUCCGUGUUCGCUCUUUUUACGAAUUCCAAUCGUCUUUUGGCAUCGAAGAUCAUAAAAGAUAUUUAGUGGAUCAUGAGUUUGAAGCACUGAAGGAGCGUGUUGCUGGGAAGAGAAAAGGAUUUAGAAGAGUUUCUUGCAUAAAUGCCAGCCUUCCAUUUUCAGAAAUAUCAAAAAUUUCAAACGAUCUAUCUGCUGCUUGCAAGUUUGUUGAUAAUGGACAAGAUCGAGUAGUUGUUGGAACCCUUGAUCUUAAUCAGUGUCUAAGGCUCCCAGAUGAAAUAACAGGAAGGAAGCCAGAGGGUAUUGGAGCUGAUUUUGCAAGGGCAUACCUUAGCAAUGUAUGUGUUGCCAAAGAACUGCAUCAAAAUGGAUUGGGUUAUGCACUUGUUGCAGAGUCCAAGAUGAUUGCUCAAAAAUGGGGCAUAACAGAUUUGUAUGUCCAUGUUGCUGUUGACAAUGAACCUGCAAAGAAAUUGUACAAGAAGAGUGGUUUUGUCUAUGAAAGUGAUGAACCAGCAUGGCAUGCUCGGUUUCUGGAUCGGCCCAGAAGGUUUCUUCUAUGGAAUGCUCUCCCUGCAGCCUAUGACUUGUAAUAUUCCAACUUAUUAACACCCCUCCCACUCAAAAACUAAAAAGGAAAAAAAAAAAAAUUCUGUUGUAAAUCUGAUACGUGUUUGUUUAAAAUAAUUUUAAAUGUUUAAGAAUGGUGUCCCAUUUUUUACAGUUUGGAUGGGAAGCAAUGCCCAUUCCUUCUAUCUCCACAAAACAAUUUACAAAUUGUAAUGUAUCAAAUAUGAUGGAGAUUAAUAUUUUCUUCAGUGGUAUAAUAUAAUAAUUGAUUUGGCACGGUAAA